AUGGCUGUCGUCACUCGCUGUGACGGUCAGUGUCGGCAACUGAUCCCGAUAGAUUGGUGGAGAAGCUCGUUUCGGUCCAUUUCUUGGACAUUUGGCCGCAGCCAGCAACGACCCUCACGAAUACCAUCCGUCAAACCCAUCCUGGCCGGUUCUGGCGAGCUCGCCAAGCCGCCCCACUAUCAUGAUCUGCUCUACCGCACAAGUCACAGGGAGAGGAGGAUGACCGUCUCACCCGCCGACCUGGAGCUCAAUCCGGAUUUGGCUGGGGUGAGAGGUGUGGAACAAGUCAUCGGUCCAUACGAGAUCGACGAAGGCAUACGAACGCUUCCUGAGCGAACAUCCACAGAAUCGCCGGAGCUUUUCACGGGCGACCUCGACGAGGAUGAGCUGUCCCUCCCGCAGAAACAGUGGGGAGACCAGAUGGAAGCGUUGCUCGGCGGCGUCCUCGAACGCCUCUCGAGCUCAUUUCAGCUCCUCGCAGUUGCCAAUGGGAAUCCGGAUAGGACGUGGGACUUCAACGUGCUCGACAGCCCACGAUCCGACACCGUGGAGCUGACCGAUUCGGAGACGUCAGUUGAGUCUGACAUGUUUCCGAUAACCCCACGUGCAGGCUUUGCGCUCGUUCCUGUGCAAUACACAGGUUCAGACCACCUGCUGGAGUAUUCGUCGCCGCAGCCAAGCAAGCCGCUGAAUGCUUCCGCAGUCAGCUUCAUCCCAUCCGUAUGCACACCGCCCCCCGCAUCCAGCUCUCGCUCGUCCAAGUCGGACCUGCACUCGCCUUCGCCAAGUCGCGAAUUCGCGUUCCCGUCGUUGUGUGCGAACAAUCCCGCUGCAUCACCUGCCGCGCAUAGGCGGUCGCUGUUACUGCAGAAGGACAGAGACGGAUUCUACCAUCCCAUCGACGGCGAUUCCUCUUCAUUUUCCCCGGAGGAUCGUGGGAGCACUCUUGCGUCCACUCAGAGCAUGACCCCGAGUCGAGCGUCGGCAGAUCUCCUUCCUGCGUUCCUAGCCGAUGACCCGAACAUGGGUCGAUCCAGGGGGCGCAACACGUCGCGGACGAGGGAAAUCGUCGACCGGCUGCGGUCAGGACGCUGGAAUGGCAAGAAGACUGCGUCGAAAGUGGCGGGUGACAAGUCCGCUCCUGGUGCUGCGCCUGCUGCAGUAAAUAAGCAGGAGGAUGACAUGGAUGCUGUGGCGAAGGCAGACCGAAGAGAAGGAACGCUCGACACAGGUUCCGACGUUCAAACGCCUUCCGAUGCUGAUGGAUGGAUCCCGGGACCACCCUCUGAGCGCAUCCAUGUCACCGAGGACGGGUGGAUUGCGGGUUCAUCAGUGCCAUCGUCUUCUCCUUCAAACAUCGCGAGCAGCACUAACACCUCCACUCCCGCGCGACCCUCUGCGCGAUCACGCGGUCACCGGCACAAGCGCUCCACGAGCACUACGAGCUCGUUCUCGGGUUCGAGCUCGAGCGCCUCCUUCUCGCCAGCCACCUCCGUGUCGAGUUUUGGUCCACAUACGCCCCCUAGCACCGCACAGCCGCACUUCCCACCUCCAUCCGCGAUGCCGGUGGCGCCAUUCCCAAGCGCUGCGGUUGGCGGGUUCGCUCCGCCGAUGGCGCAGGCGCAGUAUCUGCAAAUGCAGAUGCACAUACAACAGGUGCAGGUGCAACAGUGGCAGAUGCACGCGCCGAGCCUGUACUACAAUCCGGGCGGGUAUUCGCCCUAUGCGGUGGCGCCUAUACCGAUGCCAGCGCAGCCUGUUAUGUAUGGUGCGGGUACCAAAGGAUUGAAUGUGCUGGGCGUGCAGUGUUACUAUCUCCCAACUCUCAGCUAUGCUGCCAGCAUGGACGUCUUGCUAUUCACCUAUUUGCUGGUCUCGCUUUUUCACGUAACAUCACAAUAUCCUCAGCUUGAAGCUCACGGGUUUGAUGUAGAUGGUUCAUUCGCCAUAAUUAACAUGAUAUGCAAACUCCCGAUACUCGUCUUCUUGUGUUAUACAUCCAAUGUUCGAUGUCGAGUACGGGCGCUGCACAACGGUGCCAGAGAUGAGUCGGCCGAUGCCCGAGCAAAGUAUCUCGAACGUGAGCAGACUGAUUGA